AUAUGUCAAAACUUAUCAGAUAUUUACAACUUUUUUUAAGUUAAAGGCCUUAGGUCAAAAAGCAACUUGAAACAUUAUAAAAUAGGUAUAAAGUGUGCAAUAUUUUGUUAACCAGUGCGUAUACGAAAAUGGGCCUAAAAUUAUAUUAUGACCUUAUGUCCCAACCUUCUAGGGCACUUUAUAUUUUGUUAAAAACGGCAAAGUAUAAUUUUGAACCAAAACAAGUGAACCUAAGAGGAGGGGAGCAUUUUACCGAAGAGUAUGCGUUGAUAAACAAAUUUCGAAAAGUUCCUGUAAUAGACUUCAAUGGUUUUAUACUAACAGAAAGUAUUGCCAUCAUAAGAUAUCUUUCACGUGAAAAUAUAAUACCAAAGAGUUUAUAUCCACCAGAAUCUAAAGCACAAGCAAGAGUAGAUGAAUAUCUAGAGUGGCAGCAUGUUGGACUAAGAUUACAUUGUGCUAUGUACUUCCGAGUCAAGUACCUAGCACCAAUAACAUCAGGACAACCUGCGGAUCCCAAACAAUUAGCAGGCUACGAAAGAAGAAUGUUCAAUGCGAUACAAGAGUUUGACACUCUGUGGUUGGGCAAACACGAGUAUGUAUGUGGGGACACUAUCACUGUAGCUGAUUUGAUGGCAGCUGUUGAAUUGGAACAACCAAGAAUGGCAGGUAUUGAUCCAGCUGAGAGGUUUCCUAACAUAGCAGCAUGGUGGCCGAAAGUUAGACAGCAUUUCAAUCCUUAUUAUGAUGAAGCUCAUGUAAUACUUAACAAAAUUGUUAACAAGAAUUCAGCUUCGAAAUUGUAGGCAAGACAGGGUGUAUUUACUUGUUAUAUUGACAAUGGGAUUGCAUAUGAGAGAUAUCUUUUACUAUGAUAAUGUUAUGUUACUGAAUUGUACAGAUUUUAUAAUUAUGAGAAAAAUAGAGAGAUUAUGAUACCAAUGGUUCCAAUUUUUAUGAGAAUUAUUUGAUUAUUAGUCAAAUCAAGCUGUCAGAAAUAUUUUCGCAUAUUAUAAAAUACGUAAUGUAUAUAAAAUAAGAGUUGCAAGAAUUUACAUAGGUACCACUAAACUUGUUAUUUUUUUAUAUAAACUAAUUUGAUAAGUACAAAAUGUUUUAUUUUUAUACAAAACUUUACAAAGCGGUUUUAGCAAUGUAAUUCCAUACAUUCCAAAGGUUAACAAAUUCAUACAAGGGGCGAUAGGUAGAACUGAUUUUUAUAUUCUUUAUUGGUGCGUGUAUAUUUUUUUAUUGUUUACAAAUGAUGUUGGUAUAUUACUGGAUAAAAUGUUAUAAUAUAAAAACACGAU